GGACAACUGAACCAAUACCACUGACAGAUACCACUGACAGAACAUCUGUUGACAGAUACCACUGAUGACAGAUACAGAUAGUUCAAGCUGGGAUAGUAACACCUUACGAUAUAGGCAGAUACGAUAGUAAGGCAUUAUGGCAGACGUCACACGAAGGGUUGCCAUUUGGCAGCGGCAGCUUGCAACGCAGGACAUUGCGUCUUUUCCGUGAACGGCGCUGAGCAGCCGGUCGCCGCCUGGCUAGGGCCGUCAGUCGCCAGCCGAGCCGCGGCUCGUCGAUCGCCGCCGAGUCUCGGUGCCAAGAUGAGCCGCCGCCGUCGUGGGGCGGUGGCGGCGCCAGCGGCAGCCGAGGAGCCCCUGACGACCGCCGCCGCUACCUGCCCCGUCUGUCUGAGCGUGCUGCUCGAGCCGGUGACCAUGCCGUGCCACCACACCCUCUGCAGGCCCUGUUUCGACUCGACUGUCGAACAGUCGGCCAUGUCGUGCCCCCUCUGCCGCACACGCAUUUCGGUGUGGCUGCGCAGAGCGCGCCGCGCCGGCACACUGGUAGAUGAGGCGCUAUGGGCCCGGCUGAAGACGACGUUUCCCGACAAGGUUCAGGCGAGACUGGAGGGACGCGAGGCAGACUUCUCCGAGGAAGACCUGGAGCCGGUGCCUCAGCUGCUCAGCGCCCCGGGAGAGAUCCGACGCGAGUUCGAGCAGCAGCUGGAGGCCGUUCGGGACGAGGAGGCCGAGAUCCGCAGUCGCUCCGAGCGCGCCAGUCGCGAGCUGAUCGAGCGCCUGGAGCAGGAGACCGCCGAGGAGGCGCGCAGGAGGCUGGAGCAGGAGCGCAGUGACGCCGAGCUGGCCAGAGGAGUGAUGCAGCAGGAUGAGGUGUUUCUGUCACCAGGUCGGCCGGCGCUCGCCGGUGACCGGCCUCGGCCCGGCGCCGGCGGCGCGCACCGACCCAGCAGCAGCAGCACGCCCCUGCGCGGCCCCAUGGACGUCUACAUCGGCCAGAUGACGCCCCGAGUCGGCGGCAAGCGGCCCGUGUCGCCCAUCCGGCCCCACGCCGCCGCCGGCGGUGACGAUGCUCCGCCCCCGGCCCUGGAUUCCACGCCGUCGCCGACCGGCAGCGGGAAGGAGAACAGCGAUCCGUCCGCCGCGGGCGGCCGCUGCAGCCCCCAGUCCUCCGGCAGCGGCGACAGCAUCCGGGCCGAGCUGCGCCACUUCAAGCCGAUCCGCUCCGCGCCGCGCACCCCGCCCAAGCGGCGGCCGGAUGGGGUGCUCGGCGCCCCGCCUGUGGUGCACGCCGUCGCUCGCUUCCAGGAGCGGCCCGAGGGGCCCGGCAGGACGGCCAGAGGACAGCGCGCCGCACGGGAGGGUGCCGAAGACACUGGCGCCGCGGGGGACAACGGGGAGAACGUCCCGGCGACGGCAGCGGGGAAACGACCGGCUGAAGAGCAACUGCAGAAACGGAAACCAACGAAACGUCGUCCGCCCCCGACUGCGGACGAGCUGGACGGAGACUCGCGCGAGCUGCCCGUCCUGACUCCGCCGCCGCCACCGGCUCCGGAGGCGGAGCACGACUCUGACUUUGACAUUGAUCUGGACUCGGCCGAGCUGCUGGAGCAGCAGCGCGAGGCUGAGCGCCGGCUGGCGAUGGAGCAGGCGGACCGGCGGCUGGCCGAGCAGCUGCAGCGCGAGCUGAACACCGUGCCGCCCGUGGACCGCAGUAAGGGCAGCGCAGACGCCUACAGUUUACGCGGGGCGGCGGGCGAACACUCGGGCACCCAGACUCGGUCGAGCGGACGGUCGACCGACCGAAGGCGACCGGCGGCGGCCUCUGGCGGGCGCAAACGGCCGGCGGCGGCACGGAAACAAACCAACCGCCGCGACCGGGCGCAGCUCUCCAUUCAGGAGAGCCUGAACAGAUCGCGAGUGUCGGCGCGCAGUGGAAGCCCGGAGUGGUAGUGAUGCGUGGCCCGGUGUGGCGAGGACUUCAGACCGCCGCAGGAACGGCUGAGCCGGGGGUGGUAGUGCCUUGUGGCUCGGUGAGGACAGACUGCGGACCACUACAUCGACGGUCUGGCCCCGUGAACGGUUUAGUGUGUGCCUUGCCCUACGUGACCUGGAGGGAUCGUCCCGGAGUUUGGUGACUGAACUGUCGCGCGCUGUAUCGCUACUGACCGACAAAGUGAGAUCGGAAGUUCCGCUUCGGUGCCGUUUCCGCACGCACCAUCCCGAUGUUACAGUACAAGAUCACGUUUAGUUCGUAGACCAAUUGAUUCAGAGUUAGCAGAUGAGCUGAGCUAGUGGUCUGUCUCGGUCUAGGGUAUUCGGUGCCAGCUUUCCCGGUGUGGUGUCCAUUCCACUAAAUGCAAUAAAACAGCAAACCAAGUCGCGGUUAUCUACUUGCAGUUGUUGCUAGUUGGCAUCGGAGGACCGGGCAUUAAUUUACUCAACCUGUGCUCUUGUCGUGCCUAUGAUGCUUUUCUGUGUGUACGUAGGUACUAUGAUUUUGCCACCGAAGGUUCUCAUUCGUUUUGAGGUUGGCGAUUCGUUUGAAAGCUGGUUAUGUGCAUUGCUUUCACGAGACGAUGUUUAUCUUCGAUGGGUACGCAUCAACUUAUCCCGUGAGGUCAGCCGGUACGUCACCCAAAAAAGGACGGCUUGCCAUUGGAAUACAAGUGUGGAAUUCCUA